AUGCUGCAAGAGGCAGGCCUGGCCGACCUGCCGGGCCCUAAGCCCGCCGAAGACACCCAGCGAAGCACCCGCGAGGCUAGACACGGCAGCGACAGCUCCGAAACUCGACUCGGGAGCUUGGAUAGGACCAAAGUGUCAUUGGGAGACUCUGACCAGACGACGGAUUCGAGGAGAUUUAUACGCUCAGAAACGCAACUGGAAAGCUUGGAUAGGACCAAAGUGUCGUUGGGAGACUCCGACCAAAAUACGGACUCGAGGAGAUUUAUACGCGAGCAAUGGGGCACAGAAGGCACGAUGGUCAAGAUUCUAGGCGGUCUUAAAGCGCGGCGCACUCCGCUCACAGUCCGAAGUCUGGUGCGCGCGGGCCCGUCGCUGGCCGGCCACGGCGCUGUCAUCGCUGCACGCUGCUUCACCUCUAUACUCAAAUUGAAACAGCAUGGGUUCAUAAGAAUAAAUAAAGACCCUGAAACUUUAGAAAUAAGAGAUAUCCUAUUAGGACCUAAGUUUGACCAAGUAAAAUGAAUUUUGCAACUUUCGUUUAUUUUUAAUACUAAAGUGAUAUAAUUUGAUACAUACUUAUUUUCUGUACGUUUGUUACUUCCUUCUACUAGUGUUUCAUGAAUUGUUUUAUGUUAAGUUUUGUGUUUCUUUAUUUGUUAUGCUAAAUAAAUGUUAGUUAUUUCGAAAACUAGUCUGUUUUUGUUGAAAUAAAAAACCAGUGUUUGAUAUGAACAAUUUAUUUGAAUAAUUUGUAUAUAUAAUGAUAUGAUUUCUGUACAACUCUACAAUGAUAGUCAUCAACUAGAUUCAAGUCAACUAGAUAAUUUUAUGAGUAUCUUAAUUGUAGCUAGGUAGUGGCUUAAUAAUUUACAAAAUACUAGAGCGUGAAUGAAAGCUGUACAAUAAACAGUUGACUUAAUUAUUUUAGCUAAUAAUUCCUAACUUAUAAAAAUACAGUCAUAGUCUAUAGAAUUGGAAUUGUUAUUAACGUUAUUAAUUACAUUAAGGUACCUAAAAUAGGCAAUAACUUUUUACAUAGUAAGAAGCUUAGAAACAAAUAUACAAUAAGGGCAUCUAAAUGGAGUAUCCCCCUUCCUCCCUUGGUAUAAGCAUAUCACUAUUUAUUUCAUUAGAUUUAUACAAAAUCAGUCUCCUACUAUUUGUUACCGAGCUGUGUCGUGUGAAGAAAGUUGUUAUGCUAUACAAACCAACAAUAUUACAGUAACUCAGGCAGUCGCGGACUUCGCCGCACUAAUAGGACGUACAGCUUUGGACGUUUAGAAAACCUUCAACAACAAUAGUAUAUUUAUGUAUAAAUUAAUAGUCGCCACAAUCAUAGAUGUACCUUGUGAACCAUUAAAAUAUUAACCGCUAAUUAA